AUGACACAUUAUACUUGUACAAUUAUAGUUAGGGGUGUGAAGCAUAAGGAUAUUUCCCAUGGAAAAAGCACAAGUGGUAAGAAACGGUCAAGAUUCCAUUAUGAUAUUUGGAAUAUCAAGUACUUGAGUAAAUUCAAGUGGGAUGAUCUUACCGAAGAAAUAGCAUACAAAAGUGCCAUUCGGGAGCAGAAACUAGCUUUGGAAAUUUCUGCUGCAAAGAGAGAGCAAGAUUUUUCUCUCUCAAAAGUUGAUCAGUCAGUAGCCUUAAGUAAUAUAGAAGAACGACUAAAGAAGAGGCAAAAGGGCGAACAAAUAAAGAAGCUGACGCGGCAAUUUUCCCAGAAAAAACCGGUUGUAGAGGAAACUGAAAAGAAGUCCCAACUAUCUAGGGAUAUCCUAGCUGGAGUAAGUAUUGUUCCCUCUGGCAUGCCUGUGAUCAUGAUGUUUAUCCCAUGUUUUUGGCAGUUCUUCAUGAUCAAUUUUGCAUUUUCGGUUCGGUUUCUUGAGGUUCUGGAAUUGGUGUAA